GAUUUUUCAAAAGGCAUAUAUAGCUAAUGCAGUUUUCUGAAUAGUUCUGAAGUUUAUGAACAUAUAACAAAAUAUUACGUGUAUUUAACUACUAUAUUCUAUUUUCUUUUCCUACAUAUAAUUAUAUACUUAUAAAGAUUUCUUAAUAUGAAUGCAUUGUCAGAUUUUUCUGAUCACGAGGAUGACAUAUUGGCAGAGUAUGAAAAAGAAGAUACUGACAAAGAUGGUAAAAAUUUAAACGAUGUUGAUGAAGAAGAACAAAAAGAGAAUGUCCCAAGAAGAAUUAAUCCUCCCACGUCACAGAGACAUGUCGUACGUAAUCCUAUACCUAAGCUUAAUACAGAACGUUUGAAAGGUCCUAAAGGUAUACAUACCAUCGAAAAACAUUUUGAAGGAUUUAAAUUUCAUGGCAAAGGAUAUGAAAAAAAGGAUUUGGACCGUGUUAUGAAAAGAUUAGAACAUUGGGCACAUAGGUUGUUUCCAAAAUUAGAUUUUGAUGACUUUCUAGAAAAAACAGAGAAGCUUGGUUCCAAAAAAGAUCUUUCAGUAUUUGUAACAAAAUAUAGAAAUGAUAUGAUAGCAUUUGAUGAUGCUGAAAUUUUACAAAAUAACGCAAGUGAUGAUGAACCUAUAGAAACUAAUGCUGCUGUUGAUGCAUUUGAUUUACUGAUUGCCGAACAAAUUGAAAAACAGAAGGAGGUAUUGGUACAACAUAAUCCUAAGACAAAUGAUAUAUCUAUAAAUGAUCAAGCUAAUGAUAUGUUGUUUGCAAAUGAAUUGGAGCAAUGUUCUACUCAAACUGAUAAAGUCAUAGAAACAAACGACUCACAAACUAAUACUUCUGAGUUAAGUGAUGAAAUAAAGGAAAGAAUUGAAAGAAAUAGACAACUAGCUAUUGAACGAAGACUUGCUAGAUUAAAAGCUAUAAAAGAAAAUGAGAAAAAAAAGGAAAUAGGAGAGGAUAUUGAAAUGGAAAUACCAAACUAAAGAAAUUUAAACAAUGCAUAAUAUUAUAAACUUUGAGUUUGAUAAAAUUAGAUUCAUAUAUUAUCGUUACAGAUAUAAAAAAAUUAAAAAAAUUUGUAUUACAAAAUAUAUACUUGUUUUAUACAAAUAA